AUGGAUAAAAUUAGAAGCAGAAAAUCAUGGGUGUCACAGAUUCAGACGGAGGGUCUUGUUGACAUGGGCUUUAGCAGACAAAAGUACACUUGGACUAAAGGCCUUCCUAUCGGGCAGGUUAAGGUUGCGCGUUUAGACAAGGCAUUGUGCAGUCUAAGAUGGAGGAACCGAUUCCCUAAGGCCACUGUAACUCACCUCCUGAGAAUCUCCUCCGACCAUACGCCAAUUCUGAUUCGUUUGCGUGACGAUCCGAUUAAUCGGGGCCACCCGCCGUUUAAGUUCCAAGCAGCUUGGUUAACUUUGAAAUUUCUAUCGGAGGAAGAACUCACGUGGUUUGAAAGAUCUAGGGAAGAUUGGAUUGUGUCCGGGGAUCGCAACACGACUUACUACUAUGCUGCCGCCACAAUCAGAAAGGCUCGUAAUAAAAUCAAAUGUCUUCGUGACGACGACGGUGUUUGGAUUAGUGAUCAGGGGCUUCUUAAAGACUAUGUUCGCGUUUACUAUGCUAAUUUAUUUUCCAAUGACAGUGGUGUUUCGAAUAAUAUGAAUCUGGAAGGGGUUUUUCCAAGCCUAACUAGUGAGGAUUGGGAUGCGUUCAAUACUGAUAUCUCUAAGGAAGAGGUGCAUGGGGCUUUGUCUGAUAUGGCCCCUUUCAAAGCUCCAGGUCCCGAUGGUUUUCACGCUACGUUUUACCAACGCAUGUGGAGCAUAGUGGGGGAGAGUCUGUUCUAG